UUUCCUCAUGCCUGCUGACGCCGCUCCCGCGGAGGCGGAGAACCCGGCCGCCGAUCCGGCGGCGGCGGCGGCGGAGACGACGGUCAAGGUCAAGGUGCUCUUCUUCGCCCGCGCGCGGGACCUGACGGGCGUCGCGGAGUCCUCCGUCGAGCUGCCGUCCGGGAGCACCGCGGGGGAGUGCCUCGGCCGGGUGCUGGCCUCGUUCCCCAAGCUGGAGGAGAUCCGCCACUCCAUGGUGCUCGCGCUCAACGAGGAGUACACGCCCGAGUCCGCCGCCGUCGCCGACGGAGACGAGCUCGCCAUCAUCCCGCCCAUCAGCGGCGGCUGACCAAGACUGAAAAAUAAACAAAAAGAAAGAAAAGGUCUUCUUUCUUCUCCUUGUUGUCUUUGCUUCCUGAUCAAUGUGCAAGUUGAAUAAAUAAUAAAAUUCUGGUGUUCACUGCCAUCUGCUUUCUCAAAUCUUGUUGCAGAGAGCAUAAUCCUCUAGUUGUAUGUGGUAGUAUCUCUUAUAUCAUUCACCGCUUUUGUAUCAAAGGCGACUGGCCAUAGUUGAUCAAAAAUUUGGUCUCAAAGCCCACAAAAGUAUUGAUCUAUGGCCAGUGGAACUAAAAUUGAAUGUAAUCCUCAAACAAUUGUAAGCAACUCGUUAAAGUUAUUAUGUGUCUCGCUCUUUGCUGCCCUAA